CAAAACUCCGAAUAAUGCCCCCUCAAGGCAGCUUGUUUCAAAAACAUCAACGAAGUUGCCAUGGAAACUGUUUGUUAGAGACCAAAACAAAGUGAGUGAAAUAAAAUUAUUCAAAGAAAAACUUUAAGAAACUGAUAAAUGGCGCAUUUAAGCGGAUAUGAUAGUGAAGCAGUUGGUUUUAACUCCAUCACACAGAAGAAAAACACCGACACUCACAGUUCCACACAAACCACCGAGUACUCUGAAACUACAGUCGAUUCACAAACUCACACGAGCCGCGAUUACGGGUGCAACGUUAGCUCACAAGACUUAAAAAUCGACGUCGAAGCAACAGAAUACCCACCUCCAGGCCUAAACGAAUUCCUUCGCAGAGUAGUGCCAGCUGUUAUGGAGCAGCUGGACCAGACUGCCAUAGACUCACUAUAUGACUCCUCAGAUUCCGAGGAAGAGGACUUUUUAUGCGCCAAACUAUUUCAGGAGAUACAGGUCAAGGAAAAUGCGCCGUCUUUGGGCGCCGGGGACCAUCAGCCUUCGUCUAUUUUGAGCGUCUCUUGGAGCAGUGCCGGAAACUCUGUGGCGGUAUCCUUAGGACAAUCACAGCACGAAAACUGGUGCGAGCACGACGGUUUGAUCAGGAUUUACACAGCCAGACGCAUCGAAGGCGAUAAAUUCGUCCACAACAUGGAUAUUACGGAGAAAAAUUGCAUCACAGUCCUGAAAUACCAUCCAGCAGUAGCUGCGUUGCUGGCCUACGGAACCACUUCGGGGGAAGUGGUUCUGUGCAAUCUGAGGAAUGUUACAGCGGGCGUGGAGCACGGAAUGCAGCUGACUUCGCCGUCAGGGACUCACAGCUCCAACAGGGUUACAGCGCUGCAAUGGGCCGACGCUACACUGACUAAUACUUUUCUGCUAAUGCAGGUGAUGAACACCGGGAAACGCCGUGGGGCAGCGGAUCAGGUCCUCAUAUCAGCCGGCUGCGACGGAACAGUCAACGUUUGGCAAGUGAACGUGAAUCUUCAAGUUUUCCAAAACAUACUUUGUUUCAAAAUUAACGGCGCACGCAAGAUGGCGGCACCGGAAAUCAGCUGUUUCGAUUUUAUCAAGAACUAUCCGCUUCGGCCGUCAGAACAGAAGAGUCCAGAGGAUAUUUUCGUUGUGGGAACCACAUCUGGACAGCUGUAUUUGUGUAACUCGAAGAAGUAUCAGAGUAUCGUGGACAGUGCGAUGGUAGACCCGGUUUACGAGGUUUUGGAGGGACAUUCCACGUGCGUUCUGGAUGUUGCGUUUAGUUUACAGAAGGCGGGAAUAUUUGUGUCUAUUUCAAUGGAUUCCGAGUUACGUGUUUAUGAUGUACAGCAGUCAGCACCCCUAAAGGUGCUCUGCAUGGAAGAUGCUAUUACCAGCAUGUGCUGGGUCCCCAACAACCCUUGUCUGCUAGCCGUCGGACUGGCUAAUGUGGAAAAGACGCGUCAGCUGAUCAAGAUCUACAAUGUGUCAAGUGGGAAGGCCGUCAAUAUGGAAGGUCUUAACGGCGGGAAUAGUGAAGGUGGAACUGUCACUUCGGUAGCUGUCAGCCAAAGCGGAGCGUGUCGCAUAGCAGCAGGAGACGCCGAUAGUACUCUUCGUAUUUGGGACGUGCCACUGCGACGGCUUAAACUGACAUCAGAAGCUUUGGAGUUUUAAAUUAAGUCAUUUUACUACUUUGAUCCUUAAACUUUAACCC